AUGGAUUAUAAACGGUGGUGCGACUUAAGAAGUUCAUUUGAAUCUUCUACACAUGGAAGUAAGAUCAUUAUGACAACGCAUAGUAGUAAAGUUGCAUUGGAUUUAGGAACUAUCCCCGAGCAUAAUUUGCAUAUACUAUCAGAGGACGAUUGCUGGAAAUUGUUUAGAAGGCAUGCCUUCAAUAAUGUAGAGCAAGGUGUUUCUUCGGAUUUGGAAGUAAUUGGACUUGAGAAUGUAGUAAAUGUUGAAAAUGAUUCAGAGGCAAAUUUGACAGAUAAAAAGCAUAUUACUGAAUUGGAAUUAGGAUGGAAUGUUGAUAUUGAUGAUUCAGUUAAUGCCCACAACGUUCUUGACAGACUCCCACCUCAUACAGAACAUAAGGAACUAUAUAUUUGUAACAUUUUUAUUUGA